UCCAGUCGACCAAUGAAAACUUGAGCUGAAGAGUUUGGCAGGCGCCACAGAGCGGAAACUCGACAGUUUGACGCGCGGCUCAUCAGUGGCGAGACUUGUCAGAGUUAGAACGAGGAAACAGAGAAAAGAGGAUCGUCAUCUGAGACCAUGGACAAGACUAAAACUAAAUUAGAAUUAUUUUCGCCGCACUUAACGUGAUUUCGUUUGUUUCAAUCCGCCAUAAUCUGCCGCGCAACUGGGAAUUAUGGAGCGCGCGGAGCUCAACGAGCCAAAGGCGCCAUCCAAAGCUAAUCAGGAACCCAUACGAUUCGGGAUCGACCAGAUUCUGGGCUCUCUGGACCCGGAGAGCAGCCGUGCGCACGGCGGAAACACUGUGGAUAACAGCCGCUUGGGAAGCCCAACCAGGGCGAGCGUUGCGCCUCAUGUCUCCUUACCCGUCUCUCUUUCCGGAGUCACGGGCUCGCUGGAGGACUCCGGACGGGUGUACGGGGUGAGCGGCACUCUGGUGCCGAGCGGAGUGAUUCGGGUCCCGGCGCACAGACCUCUAGCUGCCGCGGUGCCGCCGGCAAUGUUGAGCGCGGCACCGGCGCUGUGCUUCCCCUGGAUGGACAAUAAUCGCAGGUUUCCAAAAGACAGACUGCCAGCUCUCAUUCCGUUCACCGUGACCCGGCGGAUUGGUCACCCGUAUCAGAACCGAACUCCCCCCAAACGGAAAAAGCCCCGCACGUCGUUCUCACGCGUACAGAUCUGCGAGCUGGAGAAACGCUUCCACCGGCAGAAAUAUCUGGCCAGUGCGGAGCGCGCGGCCCUCGCCAAGAGUCUGAAGAUGACGGACGCGCAGGUCAAGACCUGGUUCCAGAACCGACGGACCAAGUGGAGAAGGCAAACAGCUGAGGAAAGAGAGGCGGGACGUCAGCAAGCCAAUCGGAUGCUGCUUCAGCUUCAGGCCGACGCCCUCCAGAAGUCCAUGAGCGAAUCGGUGUCGUCGGAUCCUCUAUGUGUGCAUAACUCCUCCCUCUACGCCCUCCAGAACCUCCAGCCUUGGGCCCAAGAGAGACCUGGUAAAAUGGCCCCAACUUCCACAACACUGGCUUAAAAUCACUCCCGUGGAGCUUUAGACUCACUGCGAAUGGACAGAUUGAACUAAGAUGAUAAAACCACUUUAUCUGAAAUGAAUCAGGCUUUUUGACCAGUUAUUUUAUAUGUGAGGUGCAUUUGUAAAUCUCAAACCAUCUAAGCACUUUUGUGGGAAAAGUGAACUAAUGAUGUCUCUGUGUUUGUUACGGACAAAAAACGUAAUGCUUCCUUUUGGAAAAAAAGGUGAAGCGUUCACAGAAACUAACUGGCAAUCAAUCUGAAUCACAGCUCUGUAAAUAUAUUAACUGUUCAAAUGAUGUCUGUGAGAAAGUCUACAAAAUAUCGUAC